UCAUCCCAUCAAAGUCAAUCAAACUCUGCAAAGAUGGCAAGCUCUGCUCAAGAAGGUACAGCUGGACCUUCAAGGCCAGAAGUGAAAGAUGGUGACCUUUUACCAGAUCAAUUGCCAAGAGCUACAUCGAUAAUCGUGAUUGGAAUGGCAGGUUCAGGUAAAUCUACAUUUACGUCUUGUUUGCAAAAUUAUCAUGCAGAUCAACAGAAAGGGGAAAGUGCAAAGGAAGGAGAUGCUUCAACGACGACAGAACCAGCUCCAUACUUUGUCAACUUGGAUCCAGCUGUGACACAAUUGAAUUAUUCACCCAACGUGGACAUUCGCGAUACGAUUGAUUAUCAAAGAUUGAUGGAAGAGUAUAACCUGGGACCGAAUGGAGGUAUCUUGACAGCACUCAAUCUGUUUACCACAAAAUUUGAUCAAGUUUUAGGGAUAUUGGAAAGAAGAAGUAAUGAUGUCGAUCAUAUUAUCUUGGAUACGCCCGGUCAGAUUGAAAUCUUUACUUGGUCAGCUUCAGGUUCAAUUAUUACGGAUGCUUUGGCAACUGCGAUGCCAACGGUAGUUGCAUAUAUAAUCGACACUCCCAGAACCUUGGCACCUGCAACGUUUAUGUCAAAUAUGCUUUAUGCAUGUUCGAUCAUGUAUAAAACAAAAUUACCUUUUAUCAUCGUUUUUAACAAAACUGACGUUCAAGAUCAUCAAUUCGCAAUGGAAUGGAUGGAUGAUUUUGAGAAAUUUCAACAUGCACUGAAAGAAACCAGAAAUCCAACCGAGCCAAUUGAUCCAAAACAUGGCGGAGCCUCCGUUCGAAGAGGAGAUGGUGAUGAAGGCACAUAUAUGAAUAGCUUGAUGAAUAGCAUGGCUCUUAUCUUGGAUGAAUUUUAUAAAAAUCUACGAUCGGUUGGUGUAUCUUCAACUACACAAGCAGGUAUGGCAGACUUUUUCGAUGCCGUAAAAGAAGCACGAAAAGAAUACGUGGACGAUUACAGACCCGAACUUGAUAGGAUCGUAAAAGAACGAGCAGAGAAGAAAGAGAAGGAUAAGAAAUCGCAAUUGAACAAAAUGAUGAAAGAUAUGCGGUUGAACAAAGGUAAAAAGAGCGCAGGUCAGGCUGACGAAGAAGAGGAGGCAGAAGCAGCAUUACAGGAAAAUCUUGACCCGGAGUAUGAGGGAGACGGUCAAAUCAUUGAUCCAGAUGUGGACGAAGAUAUUCAAGAUGCACAAGAAGACAUGUUCCCAAGUGCUGGUGCUCAAUUCGGCAAGGAUGGAAGCGCUUGGCCAAGACAAUUUGGACAAAUUGACAUGUGAACUUCUUCUUCGCUAACGCAUAGCAAGUAAUGAUCAUACUGAUACAUUUUUGUAAACAUACAAUACAGUUGUAAUUCUAUAAUAGAUACGCCAAU